AUGUCGUCGGACGGCUAUGCUGCCAUAGACACUGCGAACUGGAUCCCUGGAACACGGUACUUUACACAGAUCACUGAAGAGGAUCAUUCGGCGUGGCUAUCCAUCAUCACUCUGCUUUCGUUCGUCUACGCUAUCAUAGCAUUUAUCAUCAGGUUCAUCGUCAAGUAUGGCAUGUAUGGACAUGACGAUUGGGCCCUUCUGGCGUCAACUGUUCUAGCGAUCGGGCAAUACAUCUCCGUUCUAGUCGCCGUGGCUAAAGGCCUGGGCAAGGCGAGUGGUUUGCUGGAGUAUGCGGUCGUCCAGGAGAUACAACGGUAUGCUGCUGCGCAUGCAUAUUUCUUUGUUCUUGCACACUGCUGCUCCAAGGUCUCGACCGCCAUAUUGACCCAGCGGCUUUUCGAGAACGGGCGGCGUCGCAACGCUCAAGUCUGCUGGGCUCUUGUCAUUGUCGCAGCCUCCUUUGGCGUCAUAUCUGUCUUGGCUUUGGGAAUAGACUGUGUAGAUGCGGGAUACGUUAGCAUUCCUGACCACUGUCCACACAGAUUCACGCGAUGGCAGAUCCUCAUGGCCGUAGACAUCAUUACAGAGGCAUUACUGGUCAUCGUACCAAUUGUGCUCCUUCUGGACAUCCUGAUCAAACCCUCCGCGAAGUUAACAGUGACCAUGGUCUUCGGUGUGCGCCUCUUCAACGUCCUCUUCGCCGCCAUGAACCUCGCCCACAUCGCCAACAUGCACGACUCCAAAGACGUGGCACUAGAUGUAAUCCACUCUCUCAUGUGGACCCAGACUGAGUUGCUCUGGUCGAUUCUCGCAGCAUCACUGCCCUGCUUGAAGACGUUCAUGCGCCCCUUCCACAAGAUCGACGACGAUACGUGGCGCACGCAGAACCAACACUGUCCCUCAGCGCGAUCCGCGCGAUCCGGGCGAAGCUGGAGGGACACAAUCAAUCGGGCUGGGUUGGUAGCGCUGGGUGAUCUCAAGAUAAACAAGGAAGAGACAGGACUGAGCGCUCCAGGGUCAGAUUCGAUGGAUUUGCGUCCUGAUGUGGCUGGUAAUAACGUUGAGAUUACAGGGCCGGAUGCGAAUUCCGAGGAGAUCAGGCGCAGUUGGGGAAGCCAGGAGCGGAUCAUUAUCAAGAAGCAGGAAGAGUUUGAGGUGACGAUGGGGUCAGCAGACAGGAUGUCGUAUCAGAUUCGAUGA